UUCACCUGCCUUCUAACCCCCAAACAAAGUGGCUCCUAUUUCGAAAGAAUCCCAUUGUUUUUUUUUUUCUCUUUUAUGGUAACGGUGGUUUUGGAAAAAUUACUCAUAAAUAAAACAAGAAAAAUCUUAGCAAAAAAAAUUGAAGCUGAGGAAAGCCAGCUCACCAGCACACUCUCUCCCACCAGGGUAUCCUUUCGUCUUGAGUUUUUGCUUGGGAAGAGAGUGGAAAGCAUCGGUGCCAUGGCCUUGCCACGGCGGCGCAACCUUUACUACCACCGCCUUCGGUUUCUGGUUAUGGUUAUAUCCGCCAUCUCCGGUGCUCUUCUAGUCCUCUUCGCUAUCCUUACCUUUCUCGCUCCUUCUCCUAACGAAUCGGAACAUUUUCAUCUCCGCCACCACCAGACCUCCUUUAACGCAGUCGUUGAUGAUCCGGUUACCAAUGGAGAUUCUGUUUUUCGUAUUCCAAGUAGUGGAGGAAAAUUAGAUCGUGAUAUAUGGAGUUCAAGAAAUGCUAAAUUCUUUUAUGGAUGCAGUAAUGCCACCGCCAAAUUUGCUAAAGCUGAAGCUGUUAGGCAUCCCAAUCGGUACCUGGCUAUUGCCACGAGCGGAGGCUUGAACCAACAAAGAACUGGGAUUACAGAUGCUGUUGUUGCUGCUCGAAUUCUGAAUGCUACUCUUGUUGUUCCAAAACUGGACCAAAAAUCCUUUUGGAAGGACUCCAGCAACUUCUCAGAGAUCUUUGACAUUGAUUGGUUCAUAUCAUUUUUGUCAAAAGAUGUUAAAAUCGUAAAGCAGCUGCCUAAAAGAAAAGGGAAGACUUGGACUCCAUACACCAUGCGUGUUCCACGGAGGUGUAGUGAAAGAUGUUACCAAAAUCGUGUAUUGCCGGUUCUUUUGAAAAGGCAUAAUGCAGUUCAGCUAAACAAGUUUGAUUACAGACUUGCAAACAAAUUGGAUACUGAUUUGCAGAAGUUAAGAUGCAGAGUUAACUACCAUGCUCUGAAGUUCGCUGACCCUAUUUUAGAAAUGGGAAAAUUGCUUGUUCAUCGAAUGAGGAUGAGGAGCAAGCAUUAUAUUGCAUUGCACUUGAGGUUUGAACCUGAUAUGCUUGCAUUCUCAGGAUGUGAUUAUGGUGGAGGUGAAAAGGAAAGGAAUGAACUAGGUGCGAUACGAAAGAGGUGGAAGACUUUACAUAAAAACAAUCCUGAUAAGCAAAGGAGGCAAGGAAAAUGCCCACUUACCCCAGAGGAAGUUGGUCUGAUGCUGAGAGCUCUAGGAUAUGGCAGUGAGGUUCAUAUCUAUGUGGCAUCUGGUGAAGUGUAUGGAGGGGAGGAAACUUUGAGACCCCUAAAAGCACUCUUCCCAAACUUCUAUUCAAAAGAUACCAUUGCCACAAAGGAAGAAUUAGAGCCAUUUUCCUCAUUCUCUUCUCGAAUGGCUGCACUUGACUUUAUUGUUUGCAAUGAGAGUGAUGUGUUUGUCACCAACAACAAUGGUAACAUGGCUAGAAUGUUAGCUGGAAGAAGGAAAUAUUUUGGACAUAAACCCACUAUUCGACCAAAUGCUAAAAAACUAUAUAGGUUGUUCUUGAGCAGAAGCAACAUGACAUGGGAAGAAUUUGCCUCUAGAGUUCGUACUUUUCAGAGAGCCUUUAUGGGGGAGCCAAAGGAGGUCAGGCCAGGGAGGGGUGAGUUUCAUGAGAAUCCAUCCACCUGUAUAUGUGAAGAUUCAGAGGCAAGGGAAAAGGCGAAGGCAGAUUCAAGACACAGGAAACAUGGGAAAUUGGAUGAUUCAUCAAGAAAAGAUGUUAUGUUAAGUCAUGAUCAGAAUGAUUACGUUUAUAAUGAUGAGCCAGAAUGGCCUGAUCUGGAUGAUGGUGAGGAUCAAAGUGGGCCUCAAGAGAAGCGCCUUUAUAAUGUAACUGGUUUGGAUUAUGAUGCAGUCAUCUCUGAUGAACCUGAGUUGGAAGUGAUGCUUUCAGACUGAAUAGAAUGAGUUGGAUGAACCUCACAAAUUCAUUCUUGACAUUACUUGCCCUCUCCUUCGCUCCAUUAAGGCAUUCGUAGUUUUAUUGGUGAUAGUCAUCCUGUCUAUUAAACCCCUGAAAUUCUCAACAGUUGUUUUUUGCUUGAGUUUUAGAUCCAGGAUCAUUCAACUUCUAAUGAGGCUUAUGAUGGACGGCAUGGAACGUAUUCCUGUUCAGAUGAUGUUGCAGAACAAGGUUCCAAAGUAUAAACAUAUGAAUUAUGGAAGAGAGGCAUUUGUUUUUCCAAAGGUUU